AUGUUAAAUGUGGCUGUGGCGGCGCUCGCCUGCGUCUGCCUGGCGCGCUGUUCGUCGGCCGAGCCACACACCCUAGCUUUACACAUUCCUAAGGAUCUAACAAACAUAUUAGCAAAUAUUGACGAGCGAUUAAGGAUGUUGGACACCAUCAGUGCGCUGCAGGUGAAACAAGCGAGACGACUCGACGUCAUACAAGACAAACUGGAUCGCGUGGAAACAACUCUAUCAUUAAGGCUUGAGAGAGCGCAGUUGGCGGCGGAAAGAUUAGAGCAUAGACUCCACAUGCUACAAACAAGUGUACAGGCUUCCAUCAAAGAGAGCACCGACAAAAUAGAGCGAAGUCAAACCAAAUUUGUAGAAAUUGCUCAAAAUCUCACCAAUCAAAUCGACUCCCACUCGCAUCUCCUAGAAAAGGUGAGCGGUGCAUACGCCGACACCUGGCGUCGCAGCAUUCUACUGGAAUCUCUAAUGAGAGAUGGCAUGGCCCUCGUGAAUGUGACUAGAAGAGAACUUGCUGAUGGUGUACGGGCCCUAGCCAGAAGACAAAGAGAUGCACGUCUCAACUCUGCCGACUUAGAGGCAGCUUUUUCUAGGCGACUGAAUGACAACACUUACAAAAUUGACUUAAAGAUGCAGGAAGUGCUAAACGAGCAGAGACGAUUUGUGGACUCCUGUCAACGGGUGCAACUGGACGAUCCCACUCAUGUGGCAGAUGUUUUAGACAAACUUAUAGAUUCUUUAAUAAAUAAAACUGCAUCAACAUUCCACGAAUUGCAAAAUAUACAGAAUAGUGUCCGUAACCACGACAAUAAAGUGAUGAAGCUUCUUAGCAAUCGUCCUUCACAGACGGAUUCGACUUGCAAGAGACUAGAAACCGUGUUCCGAAAUUCAUCACACGCAGCGUUCAAUGAAAAGGAGCUCCUACAGCUCACAGAAAAAUUCAUUGGCUUGACGAACCGUGCCGACGCUGCACUUCAGCGCCUAGAGAAACUGCUCGCUGAUGACCCGGGUGGGUCUUCAUCCGCUAGUGACGUUACGGCAGCUGCCGACAGAUUACUACAAAAACUUAAGGGGAUUAAGAGUGAAACAGAUUCGGAAGAAAAUGAGGAGUAUGGUGAAGAUGAACAGGACAUGACCUAUUUCGAAGCAGGCGGUGAUAACUUCAUGGAAGAAGAUCAGGAAAUGCUCAGCAGUGUAGAUGGGAAGUCUAAACCGAAGACUACUACAGAAAGUGUUUCCUACCAAUUACCACAUCGAAGGCAUCUUCAUAAACAUCCUUAUGACCGUGGCCCUACUUGGAGAAAUUCUGACGAUUAA